AUGGGUCUCUUUUCUUCCCCUACGCUACUCUCUGACGCUUCGGCGUAUGCUACUGCUGCCAACUUGGCUCCUCAGACCGUGGAGGAGGCCCAGAAGGCAAAAAGCUACGAUUUCAUCAUCUGUGGCGCCGGUACGGCAGGCUGCGUUCUGGCGAGCCGUCUCUCCGAGAACCCCAAUACCUCUGUACUUGUUCUCGAAGCAGGCGGCAACAAUGACGCUCUCGAGGUCAAGGCUCCCCUUGUUUUCACCAAGAACUUCAAGACGGAGCGAGACUGGGACUACACCACCACACCUCAAGCCUCCGUGCUCAACAAGGAGAUGCAGUGGCCUCGUGGAAAGCUCAUUGGUGGCUCUUCUUCCAUCAACGCCAUGAUGUAUCAUCACUGUGCCCCUUCCGACUAUGACGAGUGGAGCGAAAAGUACAACUGCAAAGGCUGGUCUUACAAAGAGUUUCUCCCUUUCCUCAACCGUGCAGAGAAGUACACUCCUCACGCAUCUCAGCCUGAUGUGAAGGUCGAAGAGCGAGGCAGCUCGGGGCCCUGGAAGACGGGCCAUUCGUCAUACAAAUCCGAAGUCACCUCCAAAGGUUUUGUCAAUGCUUGUGUCGAGGUAGGCAUCCCCUUCAACCCUGACCUCAACACUCAUCGCGGCAGCGAGGGUGUCACACAGUUCACCACUUUCAUUGACAGCAGCGGCCGACGCUCUUCUGCCGCUACCGCCUAUCUGCCCCUCGAAGUGCAGAAGCGACCCAACCUCACCAUCGGCAUUCAUGUCAUGGUUAACCGUGUCAUUUUUGACCGCACCGGCUCACGGCCAAAGGCCAUCGCUGUCGAGUUGCAGAACAGCAAGGGCGGCAAAAAAUACUAUGCUGCUGCCAAACAGCGUAUCGUGAUUUGUGGCGGUGCUAUCAACUCACCUCAGACGCUCAUGCUGUCCGGUGUCGGUCCCGCAGCGACGCUCAACAAGCACGGCAUCCCCGUUGUGGUCGACAACGCGUUGGUCGGCCAACGACUCAGUGACCACCUGUGUCACUCGACCAUCAAUGUGAAAGCCAAGCCGGGCCAUACGCUCGACUAUCUCGGCAGCGACAUCAAAGCCAUUCCGUCGCUUGCACGAUGGCUCGUGACGGGUGGUGGUCCGGUAUCGAGCAAUGCUGGCGAGGCUGCUGCCUUUGUUCGGUGCAACGACCAGUCGCUGCCUCUGGUCAACUCGCUCACGAAGCCCGAGAAUCGUCCGCAAUACUUUGGUUCCUUGGGCAAGGGCCCUGACAUUGAGCUCAUCUGCACACCUCUGGCGUACGUUGACCACGGCGCCACUACGGCACCAGCUGGUACCGGUUGUGUCUCGAUCGUGGGUCUCAAUGUGCGACCUCGAUCCAAGGGCACCAUCUCGAUCAAGUCGGCCGAUCCGUGGGAGAAAGCGAUCGUCGAUCCAAAGUACUUCACCGACCCCGACGACAAUGACCGCAAGGUGACACUCGCUGGUGUACGUCUCGCCAUCGCGAUUGCCAAAGCCAACGCCUUGCAGCCAUAUCUUGAGGACUAUCAAAGCGACAACGAGGACGAUUUUUGGUGGCCUGUAUCAUCCACCGAUCCAGACAAGCUCACUGAUGAUCAGUUGAUGAAGUUCAUUUGCAAGCGCGCCUUCACCCUUUACCACCCCGUCGGCACGGCCAAGAUGGGUCCCGACGCUUCGGAUUCGGUCGUCGACACAGCUUUGCACGUUCAUGGCGUGGACAGAUUGGUAGUGUGCGAUGCGAGCAUCUUCCCCGAGCAAAUUUCAGGCCAUCCCACUGCUGCCAUCAUUGCUGUGGCCGAAAAGGCGGCUGAACUGCUCAAGCACAUUGCGGCCGACAAGGCGGCUUCGUCCACUAUUCCAUCUCAUCUAUAG